AUGGUCAUCACCAUCAUCGUUAUCAUCACCAUCGUCACCAUCAUCAUCGUCUUCAUCAUCAUCUUCCUCUUCUCCUCAUCUUACGACCGGCAUCAUCAGCUGCUGCAGCAAUUUCCAGUGUCACUUCUGUGUGACAUGCAUAAGUUUCUACGCAGAAUCAGAAUGAAUGUAAAGACAUUUUAUGGCUCAAAAGCAAAAAAGGUCAUUUCUGCAUCAACUUUGAAUGAGCUAUUAGAUACCAUCACAGCUCAUCCCUCUCAAGCAGCUGAUGUGUUUAUUAUGCCACCUGGAGAGAUCUCUGAUGGUGAUUCUGAUAAAUCUGACUUGGAGGAUGGCAGUAAUAUUGCUGACCAUUUUUCAAGAAAAAUUUUAAAAGCGCCAGCUGAAGCUGCAGUUCAGGAUGACGGUGACGAUGAACUUGAAAACUCAAAUGUUGUAGGGCCAGUUUCAGAAAAGCAUGUUGUCUGCAAAUUGGAGAAGAAAGAUAAAGAAACUCAGGAGUUCGAACCAAAGAAGAAAAAAAUUAGAAUGUCAAAUUGUCAUAUUGUUAAGUGGAAAAAAAAGUGA